AUGAGCUGCUGGAGUAAAAAAGUCUUGAGCAAGAUUGCAAGUGCAGUAGGCACUCCUGUGUGUGCUGAUGAAUGUACAUCCAAGCAGACCAAAAUCUCUUAUGCUCGAAUGCCCAUUGAAAUCAACCUAACCAAAGAGCUUCCCUCUGUAAUUAAAGUUUCAGACCCCAAGGGCAAUCAGUUCCCUCAGAAGGUGUCAUAUGAAUGGAAACCAGAUUUUUGCCAGAAAUGUAUGAAGAUAGGCCAUAUCUGCGCAGAAGAGGUGCCCCAAAAUGCAGAAUUUCAAGCUCCUAAAAGAAGAAGGAGACCUAGAAAGGUAGAAAAAGUUUGGCAAGCAAGAGAACAAGAUGACACUAGGGUGGAAAAAUCAGCAAAGAGUACCUAA